GGAUUUCCUAGCAGCUCGUUCUGCUUGUUGGUUACGUUGUAUCAAGCUCCAGUAUUGGAGGGUACUAACAACCAGCAAGAUACAGAUACAUCGAAAGCAGAGGAAUUAACCCGGGGAGGAAAUCUGUUCAAUGUUGGAUUUACUGUACAGAGGACCAAAGGGAAAUAUUAAAUCAUUGAAUGGUUUGAGAUUUAACCUAAAAAUGACCGCCCGAGCUGGUAUUUUCGAUUUGGAACGGGAUCUCAAAGUGUGAUGGCAGCAGUCCAGUGAAUUGCUGGCCUCUCCUUUUCCUUGCCGUUGGAUUUCUUGGGGAGUGCAUUGGUCUGUGGUUAUUUUGACACAUUUUGUUGUCAUUCUCGUCAAUUACUUUUACUCUUUCUAUCUAUGGAGUGUACGUAAUCCGUCGUUGUAUUGGGGUUUGCACACGGGGGCAAAAUGUGGGUAAAUAGGAAGGGGAUACCUAGACCCUAAGGAUUCUCUCAACCCAGUCCCCCAGCAGUCAGAGAAGGUGGCGGACCUCAUUGAGGCAAACCUGGGCCGUUGGCACUAAAAUGUCCUUAAGUAGUGGCACUGCAGGCGGGAAAGGUGUGGACUCGAAUGCGGUGGACACUUACGACAGCGGUGAUGAGUGGGACAUCGGUGUAGGAAAUCUGAUUAUCGACCUAGACGCUGACUUAGAAAAGGACAAACUUGAGAUGUCUGGAACCAAGGACGGAGGGGGUAUGACGGCUCCGCCCAGUGCUGUUGCAGCUUUGCCUGACAACAUCAGAUUUGUUAGUCCUGUACCUGGCCCUCAAGGCAAGGAGAGUAAAUCUAAAUCCAAACGCAGCAAAAACUCAAAAGACAAUAGUAGCAAGGUCUCAGCUGGAGAUGGGGCCAAGAAAGAAGGGCAGACGCGAACCCAAGGGGAACCAACCAACACUGGUGCUACUGCAGGAGCCACUAGCAACAAUUCCACUACUGGCAAAGGAAUGGAGAAGGGUGGCAAAGUCUCUCGGAACAGUGGGAAAAAAGACAAGGAAGGGACAAGUGGGAAAAGUAAGAAGGAGAAAAGCGAGGGAGUGCCAGUGGUGGUAAUAGCUGCCACUGAAAAGGAGGUGGUUUCUCAAGUAGCUUUGGGGGUUAACCGUAGUGCCCCCUUUGAGAACACACAAUCUACAGACUUGGUAGGGGACGAUCAGUUGGGGAAUAUUGCACUUGAGUCUGUUGGGAUUGUUCCAGCAUUGACAAUUAAAACUGAACCGCAGGAGCUGGACAAUAUAGAAUGCAGAACAUUGAAGAAAGUGAAAAAUGAAAAGGUAAGAGUGCUAUUAAACAAAUUAUUGCUUGGAAUGUUUCAGCUGAAUGUGUAUCACUAUGCAAGACCAAUUUCCAAACCUUUGCCAAGCUGUAGGUUCAGAUUUCAUUCCAUUUGAGAUGUGGUUUUUGGUUGAACUAUAUUCUAACUUUAUUGGAACAUGAUGUAGCCUUGUCAGGGGUUUGGAGCUGUGCCUGCUGUUUCUCACCGCUUUAGUUUUGUCUAAUUGAAGACAUUGCCCUCAUUUCACAUCAGUUGUGAGUAUCAGUCAGGACAAUCUGGUCAUGAUGGCGUUUCUGAAAUAUCUUGUCCCUCUGCCUUUCGUUAAACAGGAAAAGCCUGGAAGAACUUUAAAGUGCUUGGCUACAGUUCAUUAUUAUUAUUACAAUUGUAUCUGUGGUUAUUAAACUUCAUAAAUAUCGUAACAUGUUCUACACAGGAUAUUUGUUUUUCAAAAUGAAUCAAUUAGCUUGCUGACUAGCUAGUUGAUUGCUGAUGGCAACGCCUGUUUUCCCCUCUUCAAACAUAGACAUUGUCAUGCAAGAAACUCAUGAACAGUUGUUUAACUAUUUACCAGCACUUAUCCUGUCUCCUCAUUGAGCUGGUCUAUCAGUGUGUCUAUUGUGUGCUCAAACAGCCUUUUCAUGCUCUGUUAGUACCAGCAGUGGAGGGAGGUGCUGGGGAUUGUUUUGUCUGUCG